CGAGGCACGCGGAUCAACUGAGACGCCGAUCGUACUCUCUCGAAAAAUCGGAAAAAGUAUCGACUUCCUCUUUAUCUUCAGUGAUAGUGAUUUUUUUAUUAUAACGCUAAAAAUCCUGACAGCAUGUUCGUAUUUCCGACUAGUCUUUUGUGAAAUUUCUCGUGAAAAAAAUAAAUCACUUGAGUCGCACGAAGAAGGAAGAGUCAAGCUGCAUCAUAUCCGAAAGGUCAUCAAAAGGAUCUAAGUUUCCGCUGAAACCAUAGGUAACGAAUUUCCCACGGACGAGGGUCUAUUGAAGAACUUCGACACGCUGGCGUACAUUCAACGUGACAUACCUACGUUUAAACUUGCAAAAAUAGGCAGAAGCAAUGUAAGCUUGUCGCAGGUUGAUCCUAAGAACCUUCGACCUCGUACGAGAUAUUGCAACGUUGUACGUCGACACCGCAUUCGCUAUGGUCGUUUUUCCGGGCUCUGUGACUGAGCCAGCUUUGCUGGACAGUAAUGAUUUGAUACAUGACUACAAGAUUCCCAUUGACAUGACAGAGGAUAUCAACUUUAAAAAAAUUAAGGAUGAGGCAUUUGCCAUACCUCGCGUCAUGAUGACGAAUGGAAAGACUAAUUAUGCGCUGAACAUCGAGAGCAUAGACAGGAUCGACAAGCGGAACAUUCCGACAGAAAACAUUAAUGCAGAACCCGUCGUUACAGAGAAGAUGGCCGCUGGCCAGAAACGUUCCAAUGGCGAGGAAGAUAAGGACAAGAAAGCCAUGUCCGACGACAAUUUUGGUGACAAAGGCGGAGGAUCUCUUUCUAGCAGUUCCAUUGUAACAAUCUCAUCGACUGCGGAUCCAAACUAUCCUAAUGGCUCGAAUGGAGACAGGAACAAAGUAGACAUCAGGACCGAAAAAUGGUGCCACACAAUUUUACAAGUGUCGGUGCCUUUCUUCAUCGCCGGUGCCGGCACUAUUGGUGCCGGCUACAUUCUCAACACGGUGAAGAACUGGGAGGUGUUCAAGACAAUCUCCGAAUUGCUGAUCUUAGUACCAGCACUGCUUGGUUUAAAGGGUAAUCUCGAUAUGUGCUUGGCGUCGCGGCUGAGCACGCAAGCGAACUUGGGUAACAUGUUCAGCGCGCGGGAAACUGUCAAGAUGAUCAUCGGUAAUAUCGCUCUGGUGCAAAUCCAGGCGAUCGUCGCGGCAAUCUGCGUGGCGGUGUUCGCCAUGACAGUAGGUGCAAUCACUACCGACACCGACAACGGUUUCGACUGGAAUCACGCGGUAUUGCUGGCGGCCUCGAGCGUCAGCACGGCGACCAGUUCUUGCUUUAUCUUAGAUUUCCUUUUGAUCGCCGUCAUCAUGUUAUCCUACCGAUGUAAAAUGAAUCCGGACAACUUGGCGACUCCCUUGGCAGCGUCCUUCGGUGAUGUCGUGUCUAUCAGCGUUUUAUCCGGCAUCUCAUCGCAGCUCUAUCUCAGACUGGGCACUCAAAUAUGGGUGUUAUAUGUCAUUCUUGCGGGGUACCUCUUGCUCUUGCCAUGUUGGAUUAUAAUAGUGUUAAAAAACAAAUACACGAGUAAGGUGUUGAAGACUGGUUGGGUUCCAGUAUUGUCCGCUCUCCUCAUCAGUGGCUUUGGCGGAUUAAUCCUUGAUCGCGUUGUCAACAUGUACAAUGGAUUCGCUAUCUUCUCACCAAUUAUUAAUGGCAUUGGUGGCAACCUUGUGUCUGUGCAAGCAUCUCGUACCUCUACAAUGCUACAUCAAUCUUCUAUCAUGGGAAUUUUGCCACCGAACGCCAAAAUAUUUAUAGCACCGUGGAAAGUGCUUUUCAAAGGAUCUCAAACCGCAAAGACUGCUAGGAUGCUCAUUGGCAUGGCGAUUAUCGGUCAGCUGAUCUUCGUCUUUGUCGCCGAUUACGUGAACGAAGACAAUUGCAUGUUGAAUGCAUACUUCGUAGUCGCCUAUCUGAUUGUCUCCGUAUUGCAGGUGAUGUUCCUCUUAUACAUCGCGUACAUUAUGAUCCAUGCGAUGUGGCGAUACAAAAUAGAUCCUGACAAUUCGGCAAUACCCUACUUAACGGCACUGGGAGAUCUCAGCGGAUCCCUGUUCCUAGCGUUGGCCUUCUGGUUCAUAUACGUAAUACAUAAGGAAUACUGCGUAGGUGAGUCAGUCGGCGGAGCAACGUAGACCAAUUAGAGUUAAAAGGAAAAGUGUGUUGUAUACACGGUACAAGAAGCGUUUAGUGAUAACUUUUAGCGAUAAUUUUACGAACGAGAAUAAACAAAUUAAUUGCCGUAAAAACAAUUUGAAUUCAUUUAUUUGAAAUGAUAGGCGGAACGGCAUUUAUUUGUAACAAUUGGCGGAACGGCGUUAGAAAUAACAGCCAGUCGACUCGAUUAGUAUUCUCGAAAAGAAAAGAACGCAAAACCAGUACGAUAUUGUAAACAAGGACGAGAGAAGUAGACAGAAAAAUACUCACAUUAGGGAUAUAAUUAAACAAUCGUUAUUGAUAAUCUGUUCGCGAAAACGAGUAAUCCGCGACUAUAGGACACAAACUGUUCAAAUAAGAUCGAUUAGUCGAGAUCCAUAUGAUAAAUUGUAGUUUUAGUUUUAGCAAGUAUGAUUUUUCUUCAGUAUAUCGCGCGUUUUCUCGCGUUUUCUCGGCAACACGAAUAUCUCGUAAAUCAAUAGAAGCCUAGUCAAUUCAAUAGCAACAAUUCAGUAGCAUCUAAAAGACGUCUAGGGAGUGUGCUAAAUCUCUGAAAUUUCCGCCUUUCAGACGUCAUUUAGGCAUUCAUACUGUCUGAAUAAUAGUGUCGUGAUACGAGAUAAAAUAGGGAAGCACAACAGCGUUGCGAUAUAUUCUAAUUUUUAAAUAAUGAUCAUAAUUUAUAAAAUUAUGAACAGUCGUAAAUAAGCGAACGUAUCUAUAGGGAUUUGUACUCUUGGCGUUCGCUGGACAUUUGAAGCAGUCAUUCUGUCAUGAAUAUAAUAUACUAAUGUUAGGCAAUAAUGUAUUGACGAGUAAGACCCAUUUUAGAUGAUCUGUAAUUUCUCAAAGAGUAAUUUUAUUUAUAAUUUCAUGUGACAUGUAACACGAAAAACAUUUGUGUGUAUAUGAGUGUACGAUAUGUAUUUGACAUGUACACAUACAUCUACAGAUAUAAUUCCGAUUCUUCAAAUAUUAUACAAAUAGAAUUUUGUGCACAAAGUUUCGUUGCAAAUUAUCUAAAAUGGGCUUAAUGAACGAACAGUUUUGAAUA